AUGAAUAAGGAUGACACAAAAAGAAGGCUGACAAUGGGAGUCGACGAAGAACGGGAAGUGGGAUGGGCAGUGGAAGAACGGGAGCCACUGCGCCGCAGAUCCGAUUCGCGUGAUCGCGCUGAAACACGACGCCGAAGAUCUCUUUCUCAAGACGCUCCAAGGAUAAGUCGUCAAGUCUCUGACGCUUCCCUGGAUGCUCCAGACGCGAACCGUGACGAUAAUCCCAACUUAUGCGAAGAUGAGUACUGCGAAGGAGGAUUGAGGAAGUCAAGUGUUAUCGUGUACCGCGACUCACGAGGGAGGUUUGCUAGAGGACCACGCCGUAACUAA